CGUAUGCUGGUGUCCAUGCCUAAUCGUUUUUCCUUUUCUUCCCAGUCUGAUCUGUUCCAGGACGACCUGUAUCCAGACACGGCCGGCCCUGAUCCCGCCCUGGAGGCAGAGGAGUGGUUCGCCGGCAAGAACGGAGGCCCGAUCCUGAUCUCACUCAAAGACGGCUACGUCUCCACCAAGAACCGGGACCUGAAGGUGGUCAAAACGAACAUCCUGGAGAGCAAGCCGGCCACAAAAGCAGAAAGUAUCCCCACCAUCCAGAAGCAUGCUUCUCCACAAUCCACUGUUAAAAUGGAAGACAAACUGGAAGAGGUACUCCGAGAGUUCAAGUCACUCAGGGACCGCGUCAUCCUCCAGGACCGCCGGAUCGCCCGACUUGAAGAGCAGGUCGCCAAGGUUGCCAUGUAAGACGCAGAGACCCUUGCCAGGAUCGCCGUCUCCUUCGGGAGUCCGCUGCGGCCAAAUUCUCAAGAUUCGGCUUCACCAGAGCUUGGCCCGUCGAGACCAAGCCCACAUUCCAAGACAAACUAUUAUUUUUUCGCUCAUCGGUCCUCCUGGUUCACACUCGGCCCCCCCUGUCGCUCUCACAGAGGAGAGAGAGUAAAAAAAAAAAAAA